AUGGCUGACGCCCCUGCUGAGCAAGCUGCUGCCCCCCCUCCCGCCGACCAGGCUCCUGCCGUUAGUGGUGAAACUGUCGAAGGCGGAGAGGCUGGCCCCUCAAAGAAGGCAUUGAAGAAGGCUGAGGCUAAGGCUAAGAAGGAAGCUGAGAAGGCACGCCGAGCUGCUGAACACGAAGCCCGACAGUCUGCUGCAAAGGCUGCUGCUGGAAAUACCGAAGACCUCGCUAAAGACAACUAUGGAGAUUCCACUCAUCUUACCAAGAUCGAUGCGGAGCGAGUCAAGCUUCGAAACCUGAGCGAUGAGCAUCUCGGCAAGACCAUCAAGCUUCGUGCGUGGAUCCAGAAUGCGCGCAUGCAAGGUGCCAAGAUGGCCUUUGUUGAGCUUCGUGAGGAGCGUGACUGGGCUAUCCAGGGUGUCGUCGCGGCUAACAGCGAAGGCGCACCUGUCUCUAAGCAGAUGGUCAAGUGGAUUGGUAGUCUAAAUCUAGAAGGCUACAUUCUUGUCGAAGCUAAGGUUGUGAAGCCUCAGGAGCCAGUCAAGAGUGUGAAGGUCUCCAAUUACGAGCUACAUAUCGCCAAGUGCUACGUUAUCAGCCCUGGCCCUCAAGUUCUUGGCAUGGGUCUUGCUGUUGCAAACCGCCCUGUUACCAACUUUGACGAUGAGGACGCUGGUGGCCCUGUGGAGGAGGUCAAGGAAGGCGUUGACAAUUUGAGCCUUGAGAAUGUCCCUGGUGCCAGCAUGGCAACCCAUUUGAACAACCCCGUUAUGCACAAGCGAGCUCCUGUUCAGCAAGCCAUCGCCGAUGUACGACUGGCCGUUCGCAAGCUGUUUGUCGAGUACCUUGAAGCUCGCGACUUUGUCCAAUUUGAGGCGCCUUGCCUCAUUGGAGCUGCUUCUGAAGGGGGAUCCAACGUUUUCGGCAUGCCCUACUUUGACAAGCAGGCUUACUUGGCCCAAUCUCCCCAAUUUUACAAGCAGUACGAGAUUGCUGGUGGCCGGAAGCGUGUUUUGUGCAUCGGACCGGUAUUUCGAGCUGAGAACUCUAACACCCCUAGACACAUGACAGAAUUCACCGGUCUUGAUCUUGAGAUGGAAAUCGAGGACCAUUACCACGAAGUCCGCGACAUGCUCGAGGGGGUUCUUCUUCAUAUCUUCCGAGGGCUUCAGGAGCGAUGUGCCGAGCAGAUUGCUCUUGUUCGAACAGUUUAUCCUUCCGAGGACUUUCUUUUGCCCCAGCCCGGUAAGGAGGUUCGCCUUACAUUCGCUGAGGGCCAGGCGCUCCUUAGAGCCGAGGGCCCAGAGGAGUACCGCAAUGUGUCCGAUGAAGAGGACAUGAGCACACCACAAGAGAAGGCACUGGGUGCUCUUAUCCGGGAAAAGUACAACACCGACUUCUACGUCCUUGACAAGUUCCCUGAGGGUGCUCGACCUUUCUAUGCCCUGGAGGACCCCGAGAACCCCAAGGUCACUAAUGCCUUCGAUUUCUUUAUGCGUGGACAAGAGAUUCUUUCUGGUGGUCAACGUAUUCACGUUCCGGAGACCCUGGAAGCACGAAUUCGUACAAAGGGUAUCAAUCCUAAAAGCCAAGGCAUCAAGGAGUAUGUCGACAUUUUCCGCAGUGCCGGUGUUCCCCCUCACGGUGGCGGUGGUAUUGGCUUGGACCGUGUGGUUGCGUGGUAUUUGAACCUUCCAAGCGUGCACUUGGCAAGCUAUUAUCCUCGUACACCCAAGAGACUCUUGCCUUAA